AUGUGCCCAACACUUCAAUACGAUUCUUGUGAGCAAGCUAAUGCAAUUGGAGGGUUUCCGGGCCAACCACAAAGAAAUUGUGAUCCCUAUUCAAAUUCAUAUAACCCAGGAUGGAGGGAUCAUCCAAAAUUCAGCUACAAGCCGCGUCCACAAUUUCCACAGUUUCAACCUAGACAACCCAUUCAACAACAACCUUCAUCUUCACAACAGUCAUCAUCUAAUUCAGGUAUGUCAUUAGAAGAUAUUAUUAAAUCACUUGCUACUAACACACAACAAUUUCAGCAAGAAACAAGAACAAGUAUUCAACACUUGGAAAGUCAAAUGAGCCAGCUAGCAUCUACUGUGAGUAGAUUGGAGUCUCAAGGUAAAUUACCCUCGCAAACUGUUAUAAAUCCAAAGCAAAAUGCUAGUGCAUUUAUCUUGAGAAGUGGAAAAGAGCUGCAAGAACCUACUCAAGUGAGAAACAGGCACAACCGAGAUGAAGAAAAUGAAAAAGAAGUCCAUCCACCCCAAAAUGAUCAAAAGCUUGUCAAAGAACAUCCGGGGGCUGUGGUAAUUCCUCCCCCUUUUCCUAGUAGAUUGGCAAAAUCAAAAAAGGAUGAAGAACAAAAAGAAAUACUUGACGCAUUUCGAAAGGUUGAGGUAAAUAUUCCUUUACUUGAUGCUAUUAAACAAAUUUCUCGAUAUGCUAAAUUUCUUAAAGAGUUUUGCACAAAUAAAAGAAAAUUGAAAGGCAAUGAAAUGGUAAGCAUGGGGGAAAAUGUUUCAACUGUUUUACAAAAGAAGUUGCCGCCUAAAUGCAAAGAUCCUGGUAUGUUUACUAUCCCUUGCAAAAUUGGAAAUGUUAAUGUUGAAAGAGCAAUGUUAGAUUUAAGAGCUUCAAUUAAUGUGAUGCCUUUAUCUAUUUAUUCAUCCUCGAAUAUUGGUUCCUUAAAAGAAACUGGUGUAAUUGUUCAACUUUUCAUAACAUAA